AUGGACAUCGUUAUUGGUCUACCGGAGGGCCAAGGAUACGAUGCAAUCAUGGUAAUUGUUGACCAUUUAACAAAGAUGCGAAAUCUCCUACCCUGCAACACCACCGUCAACUCCGAAGACGUCGUCCAGUUAUACCUGCGAAAUAUUUGGAAACUCCAUGGGCUAUCCACACAUGUCACCUCCGAUCGCGGCAUGCAAUUUACAGCUAAAUUCUGGAAGGCUCUCUCUAAAUACCUCAGCAUUGAUGCAAGAAUGUCCAAUGUCUUCCACACUGAGACCGACGGCAAACUGAAAGACUGA